AUGAAUUCCAAGGCCUUUCCCAGAAGCCUCCGCGGGCCCCGGCUGCCCCCGCCCUUCCCAGAAGCCCCCGCGGCGGGCGCCCCGCGGGUCACGCGCCCCCUGCCGGCCGGAGGCGGGGCCGGCGACCACCGAGACGCGCGGCCUCCGGGAGGCCUAGAGGGGACCCGGAAGUGCCCCCUCCCCGCGGGGCCCCGCUUCCGGGCGGCUCAGUGGUUAGAGCCCCGGCCCGCGAGGCCCGGGGGCCUGGGUUCUAAUCCCGCCUCCCACGCUCGAAGCCUCGUCGACGUCAUCACCAGGUUCCCGCGGCCGGAGCCAGCGAGGUCCCGGAGCUCGGGCGAUGGCCGGGGAGCCCAGGGGGGCCGGCCCGGAGUCGGAGGGGCUCGUGAUCGUCAAAGGUGGGAGGACGAGGAGGAGGAAGAUGGGAUCUGCGGGGCAAGAGCCCGACGGCUGGGGCGGCGACCCCCGGCCGCCGAGCUCUCCGCCCGGCGCUUCCGCCAGUUCCGCUACCGGGAGGCGUCGGGGCCCCGCCAGGCCCUGGGCCGCCUGCGGGAGCUGUGCCGCCUCUGGCUGAGGCCCGACCGGCGCACCAAGGAGCAGAUCCUCGAACUCCUGCUCCUGGACCAGUUCCUCGCCAUCCUGCCCGCCGACACCGGGGCCCGGGUGCGGAUCCGCCGCCCCCGGAGCGGCGACCAGGCCGUGGAGAUGGUGGAGGGGCUGCAGAGAGAGACGGACGGGCGAGGGCGGCUGGUCCCCGCGGGGUCCCGGGAUCGGGAAUUCACGGAGGAGGAGGAGGAGGAGGAGGAGGAGGAGGCGGCGGCCCCGGCCCCGGCCGGAGCGGAGGAGCCACCGACCUGCCGGCUCCGGGCCCGGCCCAAGCUCGAGCGCCUGGACCCACGGGAGACGGGUCCGCCCGACCCCCAGGGCCCCGCGGGGGAGCCGAGAGGGGAGCCCGGGAGGCCGCACCGGGCGGCCGCCCCGCGAGGAGCGGGGCCCAGGUACGGGGAGCCCGAGGCGUCCGGCCGGGCGCCGCGGCCGGAGCGUCCCUACCCGUGCGCCCAGUGCGGCAAGGCCUUCGGCCAGAGCUCCACCCUGCUGCGCCACCAGCGCGUCCACACGGGCGAGAAGCCCUACCCGUGCGCCCAGUGCGGGCGGGCCUUCAGCCAGCGCUCCAAGCUGACCCAGCACCAGCGCGUCCACUCGGGCGAGAGGCCCUACGUCUGCCCGCAGUGCGGCACGGCCUUCGGCGAGAGCUCCAAGCUGACCGAGCACCAGCGGGUCCACUCGGGCGAGAGGCCCUUCGUCUGCCCCGUCUGCGGCGAGGCCUUCCGCCAGAACUCCAACCUGGCCCGCCACCGGCGGAUCCACACGGGCGAGAGGCCCUUCCGCUGCCCGGCCUGCGACCGGGCCUUCGCCCACGCCACGUCGCUGGCGGCCCACCGGCUGGCCCACGCCCGCCGCAAGCCCUUCGGCUGCCCGGACUGCGGCAGGGCCUUCGCCCAGAGCUCCAAGCUCCUGGAGCACCAGCGGGUGCACACGGGCGAGAGGCCCUUCCGCUGCCCGGACUGCGGCAAGGCCUUCCCGCAGAGCUCCAAGCUGAUGAAGCACCAGCGCAUCCACACGGGCGAGAGGCCCUUCCGCUGCCCGGACUGCGGCGAGGCCUUCAACCAGCGCUCCAAGCUGACGCGCCACCGGCAGGUCCACACCGGCGAGCGGCCCUUCGCCUGCCCGGACUGCGGCAAGGCCUUCGGGCAGCACGCCGACCUGGUCCGCCACCGGCGCACCCACACCGGCGAGCGGCCCUACCGCUGCGACGACUGCGGCCGGGCCUUCGGCCAGAUCUCCCACCUCAUCGGGCACCGGCGCACCCACACCGGCGAGCGGCCCUACCCCUGCGGCCAGUGCGGCAAGGCCUUCGGCAAGAGCACGGUGCUGGCCAAGCACCAGCGGGUCCACAGCGGCGAGCGGCCCUACCCGUGCGGCCGCUGCGGCAAGGCCUUCCGCCAGAGCUCCCACCUGGCGCAGCACCAGCGCGGCCAGGGCUGCCGCGACCGCGGGCAGCCCGCGGCCCCCGGCGGCACCUAGCCGGGCACGGGGCCGCCCCGCCGCCCGACGGACGCCGUCGUCGGUGGAGUCCUCCUCUCCUCCCGUCCUCCGUCCGAUCCCCCCUUGGCCGAGCACCGGACCGAGCGCCCGGGAGAGUCCCGAACCCUAGGCCGCGGCGUCGCCCCGAGACGUCGCGGGCGGGGAACCUGUCCGUGGAACGUGUCCGUGUCCGUGUCGUGUCGUCCUUUCCCCUAAGCCUGGCGGGGCCCUCGCGGCGAGCGCUCAAUAAAUACGACCGAACGGUUGGUA